AUGUUUAAGAUUUUGGCCUUACUCUUAGUUGUUAAACUCUAUGCAACCGAUCUAAACACAUAGAAUGCUGAAGCUGAAGCUUAAUAAUAAUCACAGCAAUCAGGAUAAGAAAUUGAAACAGAAGGACAGAAAGUAAUUGCAAAAUUAACUGCUUGUUGGGUCUUAUCAGUUUAGGAAUUAUCAGAAGAGUAAAAAUAGGUGAAUGAAAUUAUAAAGAGUUAAUCUAAUUAAAACAGAGAGUCCAUCUUUUAUAAAAUAUAGACAACAAUGUUGGAGGAUUGUUAUUCGAGGGCUCCAGAGGAAGAAUUGAAUAAUGUGAUGAAAUCCAUUUAGGAAGAUAAAAAGAAUUACAAAUCAUUCAAAUAAUAAUUACCUGAUUUUAGUUUUGAUGUUUUUAAUAGUUCUUCAUUUGAUUGGACUUUUACCAAAAAUGAUGAAACUUUGAUUAAAUAUAUUAGGAGAUUUGAGGAAUGGGUUGCUUCAAAGAACACUGUUACAAACACAGUUCAAUAGCCAAAUUAGCAAAAAAGAGUUUUCGAUGAGUUAAAGAAGAAAAUUUCAGAAUUGAGUAAAAAGAGCUAAGCCAAGGAAUUAGAAACUGAUAAUAAAGAUUAAAUGGAUAGAUAUCAAUUUUAUCUCUCAAAAUAAUAGGGAAUGAGAGAUCCAAUUAAUUAUCUAUUUGCAGGAAUUGCUAUUUUUUGUUUCUGUUUAGUAUUUUAUAUAGUUUAUUCCAAAGUAAAUUAAUCUAACUAAGAUCCAAGAUUAGAUAAAAAGAAUAAGAAAUAAAAAUAAAAAAAAGAGUGA